AUGGCCGAGUACAUCUGUUUGUUUCACAAGGAUACUCUAAUUAUAAAACCUCCCAAGAAAUCUCCAUUGUUCUUAAGGACAGUAGUUUUAUUGUUUGCUAUACUGUGUGGUGUUUAUGUCUGUACAGCGUGUUUAAAGCAGUUAAGUACUGUUACCAAGGUCCAAUUUCAGAACAUCCAAGUCAUAGAGAAUCCAACUCCAGAUAGUAACAUUAUCAAACAAGUUGAAGCUCAAAUUCCUACCUUGCACUACCCUAAACCUGAAACUUUUAGCAGGGGUGAAUGCACACAAAAUCCGGUAACAUUCUUUGCCAUAUUGUCGAUGCAGAGAUCUGGAAGUGGAUGGUUUGAGACUUUACUAAAUAGUCAUAUCAAUAUAAGCUCAAAUGGGGAGAUAUUCUUUCCAAUGGAUAGGAGGAAAAACAUUUCAACUAUUAUACUGACUUUAGAAAGAGUUUACAAUUUAGAUUGGUUCAAUAGUGCUUCCAAGAACGAGUGCUCUGCUGCUGUUGGCUUCAAGUGGAUGCUGAAUCAGGGACUGAUGGAGCACCAUAAAGAAAUAGUAGAAUACUUUAAUCAUCGGGGAGUUGCUGUUGUAUUUCUCUUCCGAAGACAUUUGCUUCGAAGAAUGGUUUCUCUGCUUGCGAAUUCAUAUGAUCGCUAUGCCAAGCUAUUAAAUGGAACCCACAAGUCUCAUGUUCAUUCACAAGAAGAGGCGGCUGCUCUUUCAAGAUACAAGCCCAUAAUCAACUCAACAUCAUUAAUAAGUGAUUUGAAAGAAGUAGAGAUGGAUGCUGUCAAGACUAUAAAAUACUUCAAUAGCACCCGUCAUAUGGUUUUGUACUAUGAGGAUCUCAUCACAAACAAUACGAAAUUAGAAGAUGUUCAAGAGUUUCUUGGUCUUCCGAAGAUGGAAUUGACUAGUCGACAGGUUAAAAUUCACAAAGGUCCGUUAUCUGAUUUCGUGAAAAACUGGGAUGAUGUGGUAAAGACAUUAAAUGGGACAGAAUACGUUAGUUUCCUCGAAGCUGACUACUAA